UCUCGACUCAAUCAGUACCACCAGGCAGUACCAGCCUUCCUCCUCCCCUGCCCCUACCACCCUUCCACCGUCCGCCCCCACCCAUUGACCCACCAUGGCUCAUCUCCAUCUCCUUCCCCUCCUCCUCCUCCUCCUCUCCGCUGCCGCGGUGUCCGCUGCCGGCGACGAGGCGCACGUCUCCGCAGUGGUGGCGGAGACGGGCCUGGCCUUCGCUAAGGACGUGCUGAUCGGGGAGGCGGUGCGGUCGCUGACCCCGCUCCGCCUCCCCGGGGUGGAGAAGGCCGUGCGCGUGCCCUUCCUCGGCGGCUUCCGCGUCGCCGCCUCCAACAUCACGCUCUUCCACCUCGACGUGGGCGACAACUCCACUAUCUACCCCGGAUACUCGGGCCUCGUCGUCGUCGCCUCCGGCAUCACCGCCAACCUCAGCAUGCACUGGAGCUACUGCUACGAUUCGUGGCUCUUUCCAUUGGAGAUCACCGACAGCGGGACCGCCUCGAUCCUGGUUCAAGGAAUUGAAGUUGGGAUAACCAUGGCAAUAAAGAACAGCAAUGGGAGCUUAGCUCUGUCUGUUUCUCAAUGUGGUUGUUACGUGAAGAACCUAGUGAUAUCCCUGGAUGGUGGCGCAUCUUGGUUUUAUCAAGGGUUUAUAAAUGCCUUUGAAGAUCACAUUAAAGCUGCAGUUGAGAAGGCAAUACCGGAAAAUAUUAUGGAAGGCGCUGGGAAACUGGACUCAUUUCUGCAAGGUCUUCCUAGGAGUGUCAGUCUGGACAAUGUCGCUGCCUUGAACAUGACCUUCGUUAAUGAUCCACACUAUGGCAAUUCUUCAAUUGAGUUUGAUAUCAAUGGGUUGAUUACUUCAGCAGUUGCUAAGACAAACAAAUUGCAGAUGCAUCCGCACCUUUCUUUAUCAUGUGGUGGUGCAUCAAAAAUGCUUUUGCUUUCACUUGAUGAAGACGUAUUCAAUUCGGCACUAGAAGUUUAUUUCAAGGCAGGUUCAAUGCACUGGAUUGUUGACAAAGUUCCUGAUCAAUCUCUACUGAACACAGCUAGUUGGAAAUUUAUCAUUCCUCGCUUGUACUGGAGUUACCCAAAUGAUGACAUGCUGCUAAACAUUUCGAUGGCUUCAUCCCCAGUGAUAAGGAUUACAUCUGAAAAAAUCGGUGCUACCAUUAACGCAGACAUGAUAAUUGAUGUUUUAGAUGGCAAGGAGACAGUUCCAGUUGCAUGCAUUUCAGUGGUUGUAAGUGCUUCAGGCGUUGUGGAGACAUCAGGCAAUAAAGUAUACGGUAGAGUUAGCUUAGAUAAUUUCUCCCUUGCGUUGAAGUGGAGUAAAAUUGGAAACUUCUAUAUGUCUUUGAUUCAGGGAGUGAUUCGGGUUUUCUUGAACACGGUAUGCAUGCCCUAUUUGAACUCACGGCUAGGGAAUGGAUUUGUCCUGCCCGUGGUCCAUGGUUUCACUCUUGAAGGCGUCUACGUACGUACUUCGGCUGAGCAGUUAACGCUUUGCUCUGAUGUCACCGUCACCAAUGCAAGCAGCUUGGCGAGUUUACCAGUUUUGUGAUGCAGCGAGGUUAUACAUGCAGAUCGUGUACCUUCUGUCUGGGCCACAAAGCAGGCCUUGAGCAUCUUAUAUUUGAAGUAUCGGACAUAAUCUCUAUCAAAAUUACCCACAUUCAUUUGUACAAAUUCAUUGAUGGUGUACAUAUGAUCUACUCAAAAACAUGUGUGUACAUUAUUGUA